AUGCCGAGUCGCCUUAUAUUACAGCGUCCAUCUCCGACGACCGUAUCGUUCACUGUCUCCAAUGCCUCCAGACGCACGAGCACACCCGCGAAGGUCUUCUUUUAUUUACAAAUUCUAUUGCGCAUGCUUACAUUCGCCUGCGUGCUUCUACUUGACAUUGCAAAAUUUCGUCGCAUGUUUUUCAUGCAAGAUGGGACAUGGGUACGUUGGACGACCAUUUGGUCGAGUCCAGUGGGAUUGUCUGUUUGUCGCAUUGCGGAUAUGUACAGCUCCGCAGUCGUGGUGCUAGCCAGCGCAGUGGUUUUUUAUGGUGUUUUUAGAAAGGGGUAUACAGAAGAGUCACUCCUAGUUAUACGCGGUCUCGGUAUCCAAACUUCUACCUCCUCUCAGACCUAUCUCUCCAAAGCCUCAACGAGGUCCAUACCUACUACGCAGAUUCAGGAUAUUGUGAUUCAUGAAGCUUUCAAGGGGUUCGAGGUCCGAUUCUAUCUCGCGGUAAUUGUGGAAGGUGAAAGCGAAGUGGUUGUGGUUUUCCCUAAACUCUUACCAAAUCGGCAAAUACUGGAAGAAGUCUGGAGAGGUUCGCGUCGCUGUUUAUACGAUUCGAAGUCAUAA